AUGGCACUUUUCAAUGCAAUUGCAGAAGAUGUGACAUUCACCUCCUCCCUUUUCAUUGUCCAAGGCCCCAAAUGCAACUUCCAGAUACCAACAGAGGGCCUGCCUCGUGACUUGGACAGCGUGGAGCUCCUGGAUCUACUGUUUGACCAAAAGGAUGGGAUUCUUCGCCACGAGGGCUUCAAUACAGAUGGCAACGGGAACCCAGAGGGCUGGGGAAUGGCACAGCCAAGUAUCCACAGCGGCAGCAGCAACGAGGAGUUUCUGUCUUCAAUCCUGGCCGAUGCGGUUCCUGCCUCCCCGCUCUGGUCCUCAGCCGGCAGUGACAGCGGGAUAUCGGAAGACCACCUCUCAGACCAGCUGGACAGUCCCCAGCACUGCGUCAUGUCCAGCAGCCCCCAGAAUAUGGAAGCUGUGCACAAUGAGCCACCAUUUCAGCUCAGGCCAGAACCCUGCUGCUGGGCGACUGGCCUGAGAAUCCCAGAGCUGGGCAUCCAAGGGGCAGAGAUUUCCCUUGGCUAUGAUGACUGGAACUCGGAACCGUUUCAGGAAGAGGGACGGAACAUUCCUUCACAACCUCCUGCAGACAACUUCCUCUCCCUGACGGUCAAAGACCUGCUGCUUUCGAGCACAAACGAAACGCACAAGCCACAGUUGCAGCCACAUCAAGCACGGGAGCUGGUGCUCAACGAAGAUGAGAAGAAGUUAUUGGUGAAAGAAGGGAUCACCCUUCCGUCACAGCUGCCACUCACAAAACAAGAAGAGCGGAUUUUAAAGAAGAUUAGGAGAAAGAUCCGGAAUAAACAGUCGGCACAAGAGAGCCGGAAGAAGAAAAAGGAAUACAUAGAUGGCUUGGAAAACAGGAUGGCAGCAUGUACAGCCCAGAAUCACGAACUGCAGAGGAAGGUCAUCCGGCUGGAAAAGCAGAACAUGACAUUACUACAGCAGUUGAGAAAACUCCAAACCCUGGUCAUGCAUUCAACAGGCAGGACAGCACAGACGAGCACCUGUAUCAUGGUGCUGAUGCUGUCAUUUGCUUUGGUUAUUUUCCCCAGCUUCAGUUCAUUCAGCUCCAGUAAGGGUGGAAAGGAAGACGACUUCACUCCGGUACGAGUAUUUUCCAGGUCUUUGCAUGAUCUGGAGUCGUCUCGGGUGUUUCAGGUGUUGAGCAGUCCCCAUAGCCACGCAGCAGGAGAGAAGUAUUCAGAAUGGAAUGAUCAGCUUCAUGUAGAGAGCAGAGGUACAGCAAACCAACAAGACCAGACUGUGAACGGCAAAGAACUCACUCAAGAUACUGAAAGCCACGCGCCUAAUGGGUCCAAUUCUUCGCUGAGGAUUGGUGACAUUGCCAAAGGGGUCACCAUCCUUGAAGAUCUCAAUCCUGAGGACCACAUUGAAGACCCUGUUCGAAGACACUCACCAUGGACUGAACUGACCCCUGACCAUAGAGAUGAAAUGUAG